AGCACCAACUGUUUGGUGAUAGCAGCGCCAGUGAGGGGAGGCAGGGACAGGGGAAGGGGCUUUUCUAUGGCCACCUUGGAAAGCCAUGCAAGAUCCCUGGCUCAACCAGAAAAAGAAGACAUCCAAAAACUGUUCAACUAAAUAAUCGCAUAUUAGUAGGAAAAACAACCGUAAGAAAUCUUACUCAGUCAGCACAGAGCCUUUAUGAAGUUCAUGACUCUGAAAUCGAACAGCGAUCAAUAGAAGAAGACUACUGAAAUAAUGCAAGGGAAUAAGAGAUAAUUAAGUAGACUGAAAUGCGCGUCUGAUAACAAAUUGAUUUGAAGUGUCUAUAGAGUGCAAGGCUACAUGGAAAAUACCCCAAAAAUAUUCAAGAACAAUACAAAGAACAUAUUCUAAGCACAGUGCCAAGGAUCUCUUAAAUUGUUUUUGAUGACAGGUGAAGGCGGAUCCAUUCUGACAGAAAAUAUUUGAUCUUUACCAAGAUUUUCAAAAAGUCAUUGAUUUGACUCCGCCUUUAAAACUACAUUUUUUUGUCUGCAGUCACAGAAGGGAAGGUAUGAGUGGAGGUCGUUUUGAAUUUGAUGAUGGUGGAGCUUAUUGUGGUGGUUGGGAAGGUGGCAAAGCCCAUGGGCAUGGGAUCUGCACCGGACCUAAAGGACAGGGCGAGUUCUCCGGCUCCUGGAAUUACGGGUUUGAAGUAGUUGGAGUCUACACCUGGCCAAGCGGAAACGCCUAUGAAGGCUUCUGGUCGCAAGGGAAGCGCCAUGGUCUUGGAGUUGAGACUAAAGGACAUUGGGUUUACAAGGGAGAAUGGACUCAUGGCUUCAAGGGGAGAUAUGGCUUGAGGCUGAGUGUUGGUAGUGGGGCGAAGUAUGAAGGAACGUGGAAUAACGGAUUGCAAGAUGGAUAUGGCACAGAGACCUAUGCUGAUGGUGGCACAUUUCAGGGCCAAUUUACUGGCGGCAUGCGACACGGGUACGGAGUACGCCAGAGCGUGCCUUACGGCAUGGCGGCGGUGGUUCGCUCCCCUCUCCGCACUUCCCUCACAUCCCUCCGCAGUGAGCAAAGUAAUGGCACCCUGCUUCAGCAGGACGUCCCUGUCAUCAUCGCCACCAACGCCGCCGGCCAGGAGGCCCGAGUCACCACACCCACCCAGCUGGGACCGUCCCGGGGUGGCUUCGCCCUCACGCUCCAGGUGGACCCAGACGCCGUCAAGCCCAAGAAGAAGGGCCUGUUCCGAAGGGGGUCUCUCCUGGGGAAACUGAAGAAGUCUGACUCCCGUACUUCCUUAUCCAGCGUGAGGAGCAAGCUAAGCUUCCUGGGAGCAAGGAGCGAGUCAGCGUUGAGUUCAGCGGCCAGCGAUGUGGCCAGCGAUGCCAACUCCACCAUCAGUCUGGGAGAUGAGAGCCUAGCCGGGGCAGAGGAUUUCCCCCCUGUGGAGGCCGACAUCGAUGCCACCACCACAGAGGUUUACAUGGGUGAGUGGAAGAACGACAAGCGUUCAGGCUAUGGAAUAAGCGAACGUUCCAGUGGGCUAAAGUAUGAAGGCGAAUGGCUGGACAACCAGCGACACGGCUAUGGAUGCACUACCUUUGCAGAAGGAGGGAAGGAGGAAGGAAAGUAUAUGAACAACAUGCUGGUGAAGGCCAUGAAGAAGAGGGUUAUCCAGCUGAAGGGCAGCAAGAUCAGGCAGAAAGUGGAGCGCAGUGUGGAGGGAGCUCAGCGGGCGGCAGCCAUCGCCAAACAGAAAGCAGAGAUCGCUGCCUCCAGGACGACCCAUGCUAAGGCCAAGUCAGAUGCUGCCGAUCAGGCUUCCCAGGCCUCCAACCAGGAGUCCAGCGUCGCCAGGGUGGUGGCCAGGGAACUGUCCCCUUCCUUCUAUCAGCCAGGCCCAGAGUACAUGAAAAAGAGAGCAUUACAGGAGAUCUCAGAGGCCAAUGAGCACACAGACCCUAGAAUGCAUGAGCAACUGUUAGCAGAGCAGCCACUGACACCUGCUGAAAGCCCAAUGCUGCACGACAGGCCUGGCUCCACUCCAGCCUGCACACCCUCCCCCAGCCCGGCCAUCACCCCUCCAGCAUCCAGGCACUCCAAACAGGGCAGCAUCAGCAAAGAGGACUCCCAUCUACUCGGCCCUGCUGGCUGGAACGGGGACAAAGGUGGUGGAAGUCGGGGGAGCAGCCGUCCCAACAGCAGAACCAACAGCCGACCCACCACCCCCUCGUCCAAUGUGGCCACAACCACUUCCGCCCCUGCCACUGCUCCCCCUGAAGAGUGCCCCACUUCUGCCCCCAUCCUUAGCAGCCGGGGGAACUCCCGCGCCUCCAGCCGCCUGAGCAACAAGAUAGAGCAGGGCUCUGACCUGGAGAUCAAGCCCCUGGAGAAGACGGCCUCUGAGGCUAAAUUGUCCAACGCUACUCCCUUGGUAAGGACCAGUGUCACCUACUCAGAAGAAGAAGUCCCACCCCCUCAUCCCGCCUCCAAAGAGUCUUCCAAAGCUGCCGUCACCCCCGAGCUGAAUGAGGCAGAGCCCACACAAAGAACAGAGUCGGUCAAUGAACGACCAGUGUCCGCUGUAUCUGAGAGCAAACCAGGGUCCAGCGCUCAGUCUGUUAAUAAAGUGUCACCCAAGCCAUCGCCGUCACCCAAGCCAUCGCCAAAACGAGAGGCCAGUCCGGCUUCAAAACCUGCCACACCUGCACCCAAACAAGCACCUAAGGUUGAACCCAAAGCGGAGGCCAAGCUGAUGAAGAACAUGGUAAAGAGCCCAGGUACAAGUGAAGUUACAGAGCUAGAUGAAUUUGAGCAGGGUCCGAACACCAUCGUGAUAACCAUGGUGAUUCUGCUCAACAUUGGCCUGGCCAUUCUCUUCGUACACAUCCUGUCAUGAAACUCUGUCGACCCAGGUCACCAGCUUGCAUUGGUGUUGAGGUAAGAUUGCCCACAUUUUUAAGCAAGGAUCAUCCAGAACAAAGAGACUACCAAGAAAUUCAAGCCUUAUAUGGAAGGAAACUGACAACAGCUUCUCCACACACAGCCUCUUGUGACUGUGUUGAGGCUCUUUAAGGCCAAACUGAUUUUCAGAGUCUUGGAAUAUCUGGAGCCGAAUUGAAGGACUUAUGAAUCCUUAUGAAUCAAGACUGAAGGACAUCAAUGAAUCUGAAUGUCAGGAAGAGGGUCUGAAUGGACACGGUGCUUGUAAAGGGGGGAUCCACUGGUGAGUUUCAGUAUCUACACUGGAGAUGUUGUUGCAUGUUAUACACAAGUUAAGUCUACCCCCAACGGCUUAACACCGACAGAUUAGAGUGGUUGUUGACUGGACAGGUGAGGUUGUGUUCACACAGUUAGCCCAAUUCUGAUAUUUUUUCCUCUAGCUGGUCUUUUGACCAAUCAAAUCAGAUCUUUUCACAUCAGAUUUUGUUUUUUAGAGAUGAUCUGAUUGGUCAAAAGACCAAUUAGUAAAAAAAAUAUCAGAUUUGGGCUGUCUGUCUAAACGUAGCCUAAGUGUCAUUAAAUAAUUAGUUUUGUAAUUAGAUAUUCAUUUAACUGAUAGCUUGCCUAUAGAAAUGUAGUCUCUUGGGGCGGCAGGGUAGCCUAGUGGUUAGCGUGUUGGACUAGUAACCGAAAGGUUGCAAGUUCAACCCACUGUUCCUAGGCCGUCAUUGAAAAUAAGAAUUUGUUCUUAACUGACUUGCCUAGUAAAAUAAAAAAAAUAGUCUCUUGGAAAAUCUCAAAUGAACUGAAUAUCCAUCACUAAUUUGUUCCUUGAAAUUCAGUUUGAUAGAUCAGGUUUUCACAAACACUGUCCUCUGGAUCCCAAGGGGUGCAUGUUUUGGUUUUUGUCCUAGCACUACACAGCUGUUUCAAAUAAUCAACUAAUCCUCAUUUGAAUCAGAUGUAUAGUGUUAGGGCAUAAAACGGAAACUUGCACCCCUUGGCCGAGUUUGGGGAAGGGGGAAGGGGGGAGGGAGGAGGGGGUAAUACUCAGUGUUGCAAUUUAUAUAUUAUGCCACCAUUAGAUUAUCUGUUUUCUUUUUUGCCAUAUUCUCAGCUUUCUUCAGUAGACAUCAGUAAAGACAUCUCACAGUCUCUUUGACGCAGUCUCUUUGACAUCACAGGGCUCCUGUAAGACAUGAACUACAGAAUAUAGAUUUGACAAUGUCUGAGAAUCAGUGAUUCUUUUAACCACAAUGGCAACACAACCAACAACAGCAGUGCAAUGUCAUGUACGGUUAUGUUUUCACAUCAAAUAUUCGCUUUCCAAGGCAAAUGUUUGAGUGAGUCACACUGGACUUGUGUUUAAAACAAUAUCUGUAACGGGACUGGUACUGCACUAAUAAAAGGCGUUGUAUAAUUCAGCAAGAGGUUUUCAAAUGACACAGAAUAGAGGAUACAUUUUAGGACUUUAACCAGUGUGUGUGGUAUUGAAUUUCUGGUGUAAUGUCUACUGUAUGUAAACUGUUUUCUGUUUGUCUGAUCAAAAGUAAGGUAAAGCACCCUAUUUUAUGGUUUGACGUCAAUAAAAGCAUGACUCAAUGGAGUCACAGUGACAGACGUGGGCGGGUGGGGGGUCAAUUCUGUCUAAACAAUUGGGGAACACUUUGUGAAGAUUUUGAGAGGGUAAUUAUUUGAACAAAUGGGUUUGCGUUGUUAGAAUGUAAUUGUGAGCAGUUGUUUAGGGAUUUUGUUGGUCUGUAUGUUUGAGUAGGUCACACUAUUUAAAAUGCAUUUCAUUCAGAACAAACAGCUUGCGCUUCAAAAUCAAUUAAGCAGAUUUUCCUCCCAACUUUUGUAAGCAUCUGGGCACUGUUUGUUUGUGUGUGUGUUUUUGUACCUUUUUGAAGUACACAUAUUUUAAUCUA